UGUGUGAUGAGUCGCGCGAUUUAAUGUUUAAAUUCCAAAAGUUUAGGAAUGAAAUGUGUUUUUAUAUGCCACAUAGUUCCUGAUAUUUUUGUUAAAUAUAUAAAAUGUGGUGUCGCUACCGGAAAAAUGAAACAAUUGAUGUUUACAUUCCAAUGAAGAGCUAGCAGCAUUUUAAAUUUUGUUAGCUAUGUCUGCUAUAAUAAAAUGCAAGUUUUGUGAACCAAAUAUUGAAAACUUUAAUGUUUUGAGGUCAUAUUUGCCUGGUGAUUAUGAAUAUAUGGUAUGCAGUUUCAACUCGGAGAACACAAAUUUUAAGACCAGACUUAGAACAAAUGGGAAAAAUCAGGAUUAUGCUCAUAAAUGGCUUGAAAAUUUCCAAAUGCAUUCUAAAUGUACUAUGCGAGUGGAAAGAACAUAUCCCCACAGUGGAACUAAAAAUGUUUUUAAGGUUGAUUUACGUUGUCAACACAACACAAGACCAAGAAGUGAAAAAGUGAGAGAAAAAGAAUCUUGUAAAAAUACAGAUUGUCCAGCUAAGAUGGGAAUCACAAUAAAACGUGUAGUCACUGAAAGGAAAAGCAGGUCAAAAGAUCCUCAUUUACCUGAUUAUCCCACUGUGAUUCAAAUGGAUUUCUGUCACAAUCAUGACAUCUUAACACCAGAAAUACUGAAACAUCGAAGUGUGCUUCCUGAAGUGAAAGAAAAAAUAUUAGCUUUAUUUCAGUUAGGCCAUAAUCCUGCUACUGCACUUGAUAUGCAUAAAUAUGACUUGCUCUUGGAACAUGGUGAGAAUUUCAAAUUAAUUUGUCACGACAGAGCCCUUGUGCCAGAUCCUCAAUUUUGUUACAGGUUAUACUAUAAAAUUGUAAGGAAGCAGACAUAUCCAAUGAUCUGUGCAAAUCCAGAAGCAGAGAACGGACCAACAGUUAUAUCCAAUUCAGAUAAAAAGUCGUUAAUUCCUCUGUCUAGCUGUGAAAAUUCUACUACUCUUAAUUCUUCACAGAUUGAUUCAUUCCAGGAACAGGUUUUGUCUAAUGAUAUAGCUACUUUAAAUGCAGACAAGAAAGGAAAGAAGAAACGAAAACUAGAAAGUACUGUUGUUGAUAAAAAUGAGAUGGCAAAUCAACUGGAAGAUGUUCUUUGUAAAUUUUGUGAGAAUGGUGGAUUUGCUGGUAUGCAGUUAAUAGACAGUAAUACUGUGAUGGCUCUGUGUACACCACUUAUGCAUCGUGUCCAUACACUUGUUAAACAGAGUGGUGAACUUGUCUUUGUUGAUGCAUAUGGAGAACUGGAUGAGCCAAAUAGCUGUCGUGUUCUCAUGUUUGUUACAUACAGCUGCAUAGGAGCUGUGCCACUUGGUUGUUUAGUUACAACUUCUGCAACAAUGACAUGCAUUAAAGCUGCCUUGGAUCUGUGGAAACAAAUCCUUCCUGAGGGCUGUUUUUAUGAUAAAAAUGAAGGCCCUGAUAUAUUUUUUACUAAUGAUAAUGAAGCUGAACGCCAGAGUUUAAAGUCAUCAUUUCCAAAAUCACAUCUCCUCAUUUGCCUAUCGCACAUCUUACAAGCAUCCUGGACAUUUUUAUGGGACAGAAAAAAUGCUAUUAAGAAAGAGCAUAGAUCUUUGCUAUUUUCAAAAAUUAAAAUCCUUUUAUUUUCUCAAACAGUUGAAGAUUUAGAAAUGAACUAUGCAUGUGCACUUGGAGAUAGCUUAGUAAAAACAUAUGCUGUUUUUGUUGAUUAUCUCAAACACAUCUAUACUCACAGGCAUGAUUGGUCACUAGUGUUCAGACGGCAUUUACUUUCACGAGCUAAUGAUGUGUCCUUUUUCUGGGAAUCAGCAAUGAUUGUUUUGAAAGAUCCUAUUUUAAGCCGGACACGUACUUACAAUCAACUUCAGAUAAUUGAUUUUUUAUCAAGGCUAGAUACUUACUAUGAAAAAAAAUUGCUAGAUUUAGCUAACAGUCGUUUUGAUUGUGUCAGACUUUCCCGAUUUCUUUUUAUUGAGUUACCCCGAGAAGCUUACACAAUCACUCAAAAUUCUGAAAGUGAAUAUGAAGUUCAUAAUGACACCAAGGAUACAGUUUAUCAAGUAGAUAUUACUCUAGGAAUGUGUGAAUGCAGAAUAGGAAAAUCUGGAGCACCAUGUAAACACCAGUUGCUUGUUUUUCGUAAUUUUCCUGUUCCCGUUUAUGAUUGUAUUUUGCCCAGCACUCAGGCAGAAAGAAAUCUGCUGUUUCAUUUGGCUACUGGUCAAGAAGUUGAACAUGAAGCACCAACAGAUACCAUUACUAAAACUGUUCAGUCGGCUAUGCAGGAUACAUGUUCAGCUGAUAUAACUAUCCAUGACCUUGAUCCAUGUGGAGAAAAUGAUUUUUUCUUGGAUGAAAGUGGAACAUGUGAAAAUCUCAGUCAGAGCUCUGGAAUUAAUCACUCAAAUGUUUUAAACCAGCAUAGCUCUUUAAAUCUCCCACCAGCCACACUUAUGCAAACAAAUCAUGUGUUAGAGCAUCAUGGCCCUUCAGCUAAUCCGCAGGAUGUAGUGCUUUCACAGCACAACUUACUUACACAACUUGAUCAUACUUCGCAUACACACAUGUCUUUGACACAUCAAAUAAAUCCUCAACUAGGCCAACAUAUUACAAAUAUGAGUCAGAGUGCAACUUCAUUAAAUCAUCAUGUAUCUGCAAUGGUACCUCUACAGCCUCCUCCUCCUCCACCCCCACCACCUGUUUGUCCUGUAGUAAAUGAUCCAAAUCCACAAGUACAGACCAUGUUAGAAUUGCUAGAUCAAGUUUGUACUAAACUGAAAGAAAGAACUACUCGAUCACCACAAAUUUUUAAACCUGCUCUAGGAACAUUUUUGAAAAAUUUAGAAGCAUUAUCUUCUGACUCUUCUCUAGAAUAUGCUCUUUAUUCUUUUGGGAAGUUUUCAAAGCUGGCAACUCCUCUUUUCAAAAGGAAGAUAGUAGAUAAUAAACUUAUUGGUUUGCAAUCUGCUGGUGAGUUGAGGAAGAGGAGGCAGACUCUAAAGUGUUCAAAAAUAGUAAAAAAGUAAUCCUAGAUUCCACAAGUUGUAUCUAUUUUAUGAAAACUUUUAAAUGAAUGUGCAUAAAAUCUGCAUCAUUUUUUAAAAACUGUGAUUAGAAAUUAUUUUAUUUGAUUUUCUCUAAAAUAUAUGUUACCUCAAAUUUGUAUAUUUAUAAUAUAGUAGUUAUUAAUAUUAUUUAUUUUGUACAUAGGCUGAUUGAAAAGUUUUAAAAUUGAUUCUUUUAUUGUCAGAUGACCCUACUUAACCCUUCCCUUUAUUAUUUUGCUUGCUUUUUAGAGUAGAGCCUGUCAUAUUGAUUUUCACUUUUUACAGUGUUUUUUGAACAGUUUACAAACAGUUGGCAAAAGAAUCAGGAAGGAGAAAAAUUUAGUGGUCCGCCGCGUGCUUCGAUGUGUGAUGCCGAUAAAAGGAGAAUAAGAGAAAACGAAAACCACAAAAUGCUAUACACCAAUGAAACAUUGCACCAAUAAAACAUUGUUAAAAACUCCGUUUGUCAUGUUGCAUACCAAAUGUGAUUAGUAUAGGUUUAUAAAGAUUAUAAAACUUUGUAAUCACUUGCUGUGCAGUAGGUGCUAAAAAUCACCACCCUUCUGGUGUAGGCAUAACCAAACAGACAUAACCCUUCAGAAAAACCCCAUAAGAAGAAAUCUGGGGACGAUAGAUCUGGUGACUUCAGAGGCCACAAACCUUUGGAAAUAAUGCGGUCCCCAAAGAAACUCCUGAUCAAAUCCAUACUUUGUUUUGACAUGUGGCAUAUGGCACCAUCAUGCUGAUAAUACGACUCAGUCGGCUCAGGCAAUCUUUGACGUUGCAUAUAGGGAUCUGCACUUUUGGCGUUACCCUGAUCUAACUAUGUAACCAAUUUUCGAUUACAAAAGAGAUUCCAGUAUUGUCAAUAGAGAGAACGUUGUUAUGAGCAAUUAAAGGGGCGAGUGUACAUUUAAGCACUCGGAACUUGGCAAUGAGCUGUGUGAUGUGUGGGGCCCAUGUGAGACAUUGAUCAAGGAUAAUGCCUAGAUAUCGGGCCUGCUUGGUCCAUGGGAUAGGGGUGCUAUACAUGUUGACGUGGAUAUUAUGGUCGAUAUUUCCCUUUUUUGUGAAGAGUAUGGCAUCUGAUUUGUUCGCAAUGAUCUUUAUUUUCCAAGCCGUUAACCAGUGUAUUGAUGUGAUUCUGUAAUAUUUGGAUGACUGAGCCA